GCAGUGUUUAUCUGUAUCUGUAACGGACUGUAUGGUUCCCUGUAGUCUGCAACUGGUUAGCUGCAGUCUUCCUCUCUGGCGGUUUCCAUAGUGACCCCAACAAACUCAAACUCAAGCAUGGUCCGCAUCACAGAGGAUCUUAUCCGGCGUCGCGCUGAGCACAACAACUGCGAGAUCUUCUCUCUGGAGGAGGUGUCGCUGCAUCAGCAGGAUAUUGAGCGAAUAGAGCACCUUGACAAGUGGUGCAGAGAUCUUAAAAUCCUCUACUUACAAAACAACCUCAUCCCUAAAAUAGAGAAUGUUGGAAGACUGAAGAAGCUGGAGUAUCUGAAUCUGGCCCUGAAUAACAUUGAAGUGAUUGAGAAAUUGGAAGGCUGUGAAAGUCUGAAGAAGCUGGACCUUACAGUGAACUUUGUGGGUCGGCUGAGUAGUGUGGAGUCCCUGAAACAUAAUGUGCAUCUGCGGGAGCUCUACCUGGUCGGGAACCCCUGCACUGAGUUCCAAGGUUACAGGCAGUAUGUAUUGGCCUGUCUGCCUCAGCUACAGUGGUUGGACGGCACAGCAGUCGGGCGAGCCGAACGGAUACGGGCGCUGCAGGACCUGGAUGACCUGAGGAGGCGAGUCUUACAACAGGAGACUGAGUAUUUGGAAAAGAGAGAAAAGCAGAAGAAGAAAGAGCAAAUAAAGGCCACAGUCAGCAAACCACAGGAUCUAGAUCAUGAAGAUCUCAAUAGCAACUUCUCAGACGAAGCCAAGGAGAACAGGAACCAAGAUUCUAAUGCUGAGUACUCGCCAGAGCAGGACCGAAACCUAGCCUUAAACUCACAUUCAGAAGAACAGGAGAGGGAAUUCUGGGAAAAACCUUGUGCCUUUACUCCGGAGUCGAGACUGGAGGCACAUCACUAUCUAGAAGAAAAGAAGACAGCAAAAGAGAGACAGAGAGAGCCGAAGUGCAAAGUUAAGGCCCCCAGAACUCUGAUCACUGCUGAGGGAAAGGUUUUGAACGUUAAUGAGGCCAAACUGGACUUUAACCUCACUGAUGAUGAAGACAACAACUGUGUGCUUCUGGACCUGCAUGUAUACAGGCAUUUGGACACGUCCCUUCUAGAUGUGGAUGUUCAACCUACAUACGUUAGAGUGACUGUGAAAGGAAAGGUGUUCCAGUUGGUUUUGCCUGCUGAGGUGAAGCCUGACAGCAGUACAGCACAGAGAUCUCAAACCACUGGCUAUCUGCUUCUUACUAUGCCCAAGGCACAUGGAGAGAUAAAAGUAAAGAAAGCAGUCCUGAAAACAUCCCAUGUUAAGAAGAGCAACAAGAAUGCAGAGGAAAAGCCCAAGGUGAUGAUCGGUUGUAAGAGAUUAGAGGUUGACCCCAGCAAAACCUCUACAGUAGACCUGGCCAACAUUGUCCCUAAAGAAAACUGCACUGCCCAGAGACCCCUGCGGUUCUCCUGGGGACUACAAGCUCGUGGAGCCCAGGAGAAGCCUAUUUCCAAGGAGUUUGUGGAUGACCCAGAAGUGCCCCCACUCAUCUGACACAAAUACAGGGUGGGAGUUUCCAUGUACAGCUGUGCAUGUUUUGGAACACAUAAUAUGGACAUAUGGACUUGAUUGAUCAAUACACCGAAAGAACUCUCAGCUGGAAUGUGUGACUUUGGUCAAUAUUCUCACAUCACACAAUAAAAAACUUAGUGAUUGAUCAUUUGUAUAUUGCAAGCUUUUGUAACAACAGUAUCACAAAGAUGGGUAUAGUAAUAGGUAUUGACUUAUCCACCCACAGAUGUGUUCUUUUGUGUUCACUUUUUACUGCUUAGCAAAUGCUGGCAAAAAUGUCACUCAGUCUAUUAAGAAACUUUAGUGUCAACUAAAUUCUUUGUCAAAAUAUUUAUGUUUAAAUUUGUUUAAAAUUUUAUUUAACAUCACCUGUUAGGAUAGAUAUUUUUGGUAGACAGCUGCUUCAGUCUAGCAUUGCCAGCUAGAUUUUUUUUUAUCCAAUUUUGUCCUUUCUCUAAACGUAAUCUGUUAGAUAUGUUUGGUGUCUUAUCUUUUUAGAUCUGCAAUGGAUCUAUAAGGCUAAAACAGCUAGAAAUACAAAAUACAUAAAUUUCUAGAUUAGGUUAAUUAGAGUUUCUCUGUGAAACAUUUACUAUGUUUGAACUUUUAUUUAUGUGUUUAUCACACAGUCAUAUUGAGUUGAAGCGUAAUCUGUGUAAAUAAAAUAACAUAAUAGCACAAUUCAGUAAAUUUGUGGUUGUAUUAUGUUGUCAUCUUUAAUUUGUUCAUAGAACUUAGUAAUUGAUCUACUAAGGAAGAAAACAAUGCAGUUACUGUUCUCAGAGGUCUAUACCCAAUUA